AUGUCGUAUUUCCAGAUGCCAGCCCAUACCUCCACUGUCUCUUUGAAGCGAAAGUCCGACGUCGAAUACAGCAGUCGGAAACGGCAAAUCAUUGACACCGAUGAACAGGACUCACACGCAAACACUGGAGUAGGGGAGAGAUAUUGGAUGGUACAAUGGAGAGCUCCGCAGUCUAAAAAGCACAAGACAUGGCAGGGCGACGGUAUCCUCGUUGUGAAUGGACCAAGGGCUACUCUUCUUGAUCAGGAUGGCAAGCUGCUUACAACAGGAAAAACGGGCUCACAGACGAUUUCGGAGGACGCUGAGGUGCAUAUAGGCAACAAAGAACUCCAAAUUGACCGCGUCGUUUCUCGGUCGGAAUACAUGUCUGGGAAAUGCUUUGGGCGCAAUGCUAUAAAUGCCUCCGAAGGGCCAUCGACAACGAACCUCGGCACCUUUGCGAAGAAGUUUGUUCCUCUCAAACCUGUUGCCAUGAACGCGUCCAGAGCGAUUGCCGCAGGGCCAGGCUCCAAAAAGAAGGGUAUAGAGUUGGAACCUGUGAACCUUAUGUCCGGCACUCAGCAUUCCCCAGCGAGCGGUCCAUCUCAAGAGAAAGUUCUAGAACAAAGCUGGACUGCCAACUGGAGAAAGCCUCAACAGAAGAAAUACAAGACUUGGGAAGGAGAUGCCUACGUGAUCUUUCGAGACGGAAAGCUGACCCUGAUCUCUGAGAUUGGUAAAGUCCUUGGGACGAAGUCAUGGGAAGGCCUACGGCUAUACUCUGGUCAUAUCAUGUAUAUCGGUGGCCGAGAAAUACAGCUGGAUGCGCAAAUUCCAUCACACAGACUACCUACGAUCACAGGAAUGUCACCGGAAAUGGAGAACGGAUGUGAUAUCGAGCCUGCCGAGUCCCUUAGCGCCGAUAUAGUGUCACCCUUUCUUGUGCAGGCGCGCGCCUCAGUCCUGCAGUCGCCCAUAAAGAAUUCCAGCUCUUCGAUUAAGCAAUUCAUUCCGCCGACGUCGUUCUAUGGAAAGCCUUCGCCAAAGCUGAGAGCGAAAGGACCAUUACAUGACCCUGAAAUGGAGGGCGCAGUUGUCAUGAAGGCGCCUACUCCAGAACACAUCGCGCGCAAUAAUAAGAAAAACUUGUCGGUGGUCCCUGUUGUGAUAGAUCCUAUUCUUGCCCGCCGACUCAGGCCUCACCAAGUAGAAGGUUCGUUUCACAAUGGCUCAUCAGCAGACAUGUGUGUCAAAUUCAUGUAUGAGUGCGUCAUGGGACUUCGGGAGCAUGAUGGUCAAGGAUGCAUCCUGGCUGAUGAGAUGGGCAUGGGGAAAACCCUUCAGACGAUCUCUCUGGUCUGGACCUUACUCAGGCAAAAUCCGUAUGCUGGGGCUGGUCCCGUAGUUGGAAAGGUCCUCAUAGUGUGCCCUGUCACAUUGAUCACUAACUGGAAAAAUGAGUUUCAUAAGUGGUUGGGAAGAGAUAGAGUGGGGAUAUUUACUGGCGACAAGAAUAAAUCAACGAUCAAGCAAUUCAUCAAUUCGAAGAUCCACCACGUUUUGAUCAUAGGUUACGAGCGUCUGAGGAGCGUUAUGCCGCCCAUUGGCCUGAUAAUUGCAGAUGAAGGACAUAGACUCAAAUCGGCAAAUAACAAAACAUCCACUAUGUUUGAAGCGUUGAAGACGCAGAGGCGUAUCAUUCUGUCCGGUACCCCAAUCCAGAAUGACCUCAGCGAAUUCCAUGCUAUGGCCGAUUUCUGCAAUCCCGGUUUACUGGAUGACUACAGCAAAUUCCGCCGUAAUUAUGAGACGCCUAUCCUCCGCAGUCGCGCACCAGGCUGUUCCGCCAAAGAAGCUGAAAUCGGCGAAAGCCGAUCGGCCCAGUUACAAGCCAUGUCACGCAGUUUCGUUCUUAGGAGAGAUGCCACUAUCUUGAAAAACUACCUACCUCCAAAGAAUGAAUAUGUUGUCUUCGUGACGCCAACUGCUCUUCAGUUAUCAAUAUUCUCCAAGAUCCUGAACCCUGACAAACUCGACAAUAUCAUUCAAGAUUCGACAGCCGAAUCUCUGGCCUUGAUCAAUAUGCUAACAAAGAUUAGCAACAGCCCAAUUCUCCUGAAAGCGGUCGCAGAUAAAGCGAAAUCCAAGGUAAACCAUAGUGGAGAUAAUGUCGCCAAAACCACUGUUGUCCAGGAGGCUGUGAAGCUACUUCCAGAGGGAGCUCGGGUUGAGGAUGUGUCAUUGAGCGGCAAACUUGCUGCGUUAGCCAACCUUCUGCGGCUUAUUCGCAAGAAUACGGACGAAAAGUGUAUCAUAGUCUCACAUUACACUUCGACACUCAACAUCAUAGAAGCUUUCUGCAAGAAGAAAUCCUACACCUACCUCCGGCUCGAUGGGCAAACACCAGCACCGAAACGCCAAGAACAUGUCAACACCUUUAAUAAAACAGUUCAAGAACGCUGUUUCAUUUUCCUCUUAAGCUCCAAAGCUGGCGGUGUCGGAUUAAAUCUAAUAGGUGCAUCGAGAUUAUGCCUCAUUGACUCUGACUGGAAUCCCAGCGAUGGCCAAAAGCGCGAGGUUUUCAUUUACCGCUUUCUAACUGCUGGUACUAUCGAUGAGAAGAUAUAUCAGCGUCAAGUGACGAAGCUGGGACUGAGCAGCACACUUAUCGGCAAUGGAAAAUCGGAAUCUAAAUCGGACUCGUUCACUUCAAAAGAGCUCAGAGAUAUCUUCACAAUUCACCCUCAUACAACCUGCCACACUCACGACCUGUUGGAAUGCACCUGCGAUCGUGACGAUGUAUCUGCUGGAGAUAUAGACCUAACAACCUCUGACAUCAUUGUAGACGAUGAGGAUGUCAAUAUGACCUCUGGGUUCACCGCCGCGUCCAAUAUCAAGGUAGAUAAAAUAGAUAGAGCGUACAUGAAGAAGAAAAAGGCAGAUUUAGCGGCGCUUGGAGAAUGGAAACAUAUCAACUGCCUCCAGGCGGGUGCACGCGACAACAUCAAAGACGAGAUACUACGUCGACUACUUACAGUUGAUGACGUUCCAGGAGGUACACUUUCUUUCUUGUUUGAGAGAGGUUCUAUUGUAUCGAUGGAUGACGACGAGUCGGAAAGAGAUGAUUCUCAGUGA